AUUAUUAAAGAAUUCAAUUAAUUCUCAUCGAAUUGUGUUAAUUAUUCUCAACCAGAAAAGACUCACUUGUAUAAAGAAAAGAGAAAGAAAAGUGACAGCUGUGUCAACGUGCUUCGAUUAAUUCCGUAGAUGCAAUGAAGAAUCAAAGAUUAUUUCACGACAAAACUUUAUUCUUCUACCACUACUCCAACCUAUUCUGUCUAACGGCCGAUGCAGACUGAAAUAAAACAAUUCUUAUGAAACAGCAUACGGAAUGAAUGGGCACAUCUUCUUUCUAGCGAAAACGACAGGGGAUUCCCAUGUGAUAGCCUCUCCAAUCACUAUCAGUAGAUAGGAACUGUGUAUAUAAAUGCUAGCUGAAAAUUCCUGCGCAUAUUCAAAGUGGACAUUGUAGUGCUAUGACAAGAAGCUCUGGGACACAAUAAAAUGGCGCAGAAUGUCACUUUCUUGAUCGGAUUUGUGAUGGCAGUGGUUCAAGAACAAAGUGCACCGCCGAUUACAUUACCUCCAGUUAUUGACGUAGAACCGUUGAGAAUAAUUCGUCGCUCGGAAUGGGGAGCCCAACCCCCGCGACAUCCAGCCCUCCCACUAUCAGUUAUUCCUCCCCCGUACGUAAUAAUAAGUCACACCGCAUCGGAGCCGUGUUCCACCCAGGCAGAAUGCUCGCAGCAUGUUAGAACGAGCCAAACCAUGCACAUGGAGUGGAACAAAUGGGACGACAUUGCAUUCAACUUCCUGGUGGGUGGCGAUGGCAACGUUUACCUGGGCCGUGGCUGGGACGUUCAAGGAGCCCAUACAUUCAAUAACAACAACAAGAGCAUCGGAAUCAGCUUCAUUGGGACCUUCAAUCAAGUCGCCCCGAAUGAGAAGCAACUUCUAGCUGCUCAGCGUUUACUCAAGUUGGGAGUGGAGGAAGGAAAAUUAUCGAAGGAUUACAAGCUUCUUGGGCAGCGACAACUGACUGAGACCCUGAGCCCUGGCAAUUCACUCUACAAGAUUAUCCAGACGUGGCCACAUUGGACUGAGAACCCUUGACACAUCAAAGGAAAACGUUUCAUUGCCACAACUCGCGGUUUUUAUCUAUUAUUUCAGAAAGAUUUGCUUACUAUUGAAGAAUAUUCAUUUGGUCAUAGGCAGCUCUACCAUUCGUUAGUGGUUAAAAACCCUUAACAAAUUAGUUAACAGUAAAUAGAUAGUUGUUUCUUAACUAUAUCUUGAGAUGAAUAAUUUUUCUUUAGUUCACAUUGAAAAAAAUGAAUUUAGACACGUGGUUGAGAGACUUUUUACGAUUUCGGUUGAUUUGUAUUGACUAAUUCAACUGAUGUAAUGAAGAAUAAAGAAAAAAAAUGUUGUGUUAACAUUGAAUGCUCUUCUAA